CGGGGCCUCCUCGGUCUCCGCCGCGCGGGGCGGAGCUCAGGACUGGUGUGCGGCGUGCUGCCGCGCCCCUGGGCUCGUAGCCGCGGGUCUUGGGGCUUCCGCGCGGCACGCGGGCUUGUCCAUGGACCGCGCGGCCGUGGCGCGGGUGGGCGCGGUGGCGAGCGCCAGCGUGUGCGCGGUGGUGGCGGGCGUGGUGCUGGCCCAGUACAUAUUCACCUUGAAGAGAAAGACGGGCCGCAAGACCAAGAUCAUCGAGAUGAUGCCAGAAUUCCAGAAAAGCUCAGUUCGCAUCAAGAACCCUACAAGAGUAGAAGAAAUUAUCUGUGGUCUCAUUAAAGGAGGAGCUGCCAAACUCCAGAUAAUAACAGACUUUGAUAUGACACUAAGUAGGUUUUCCUACAAUGGAAAAAGAUGCCCAACAUGUCAUAAUAUCAUUGACAACUGUAAACUUGUUACAGACGAAUGUCGUAGAAAGUUACUGCAGCUCAAGGAGCGGUAUUACGCUAUUGAAGUUGAUCCUGACCUCACUGUGGAAGAGAAGUUCCCUUACAUGGUAGAGUGGUAUACUAAAUCACAUGGUUUGCUUGUUGAACAAGGCAUACCAAAAGCCAAACUUAAAGAGAUUGUGGCAGACUCUGAUGUCAUGCUCAAGGAAGGAUAUGAGAAUUUCUUUGGUAAACUUCAACAGCACGGCAUCCCUGUGUUCAUAUUUUCGGCUGGUAUCGGUGACGUGCUUGAAGAAGUUAUACGUCAAGCUGGAGUUUAUCAUUCAAAUGUCAAAGUAGUAUCCAACUUCAUGGAUUUUGAUGAAAAUGGAGUGUUGAAAGGAUUCAAAGGAGAGCUAAUUCAUGUGUUCAACAAGCACGAUGGUGCCCUGAAGAGUACAGACUAUUUCAGCCAGCUGAAAGACAACAGCAACAUCAUUCUGCUGGGGGACUCCCAGGGAGACUUGAGGAUGGCAGAUGGCGUAGCCAACGUUGAACACAUUCUGAAAAUUGGAUAUCUGAAUGACAGAGUAGAUGAGCUUUUAGAAAAAUACAUGGACUCUUACGAUAUUGUUUUAGUAAAAGAAGAAUCACUGGAGGUCGUCAACUCGAUUUUACAAAAGACACUAUAAACAAACCAUUUGUGAGAGGACGUCUCCCACGGGUGCAGCUGAAACCAGCACUGGCCAGCUUGAGGAAAGACUCUUAUUUAUAACACAUCCCUGCUCUUGGCCUUCUCCCGUCCCUCCCGAUGGGAGCCGCCUUCUCUGCAGAUGGGUUGAACCUAUAAACUGCAGCCCCUUCUUCCCGCCUCCAUCAUGAUACUCACCAGAUUUUUUAAAGCAGUUAAAAAUGAUCUUAAGGCAAAAAUUAGAAAAUUAACUUCCUUUUCCAAAGUGGAUUUUGUAGUUUGGUGUUCUGCAGUUUCUGGGCACUUUACCAGGUGAGUGUGGAGGCUCAGAGGCCACUGUCUUGGUUGGUUGAUGGUGUCUCUGAUUUUAACCACUGCCAACUUUGUACUUUGGGUGGAGUGUGAUGAGACCAUCUCCUGAAAUUGUGUUUUCUUUGGUUCUUUUGUCUGGAAAAAUAUUUGCCAGGGAAGUCCGGCACUUAGUAUGUGAAAACUGUUGGUGUCUGUAUCACUGACAUUACAGAUAUUCUGUGUGAAACACUGAAAAUAAACCUGAGAUGGAAAGCUUUUUUAAA